AAACUGUCCUACGCUGUCCAGGAAGCCUUCGUCCGGCUGCACGAGGAGGGGGUGAUCUACCGCAGCAAACGCCUGGUCAACUGGUCCUGCACCCUGCACUCUGCCAUCUCCGACAUCGAGGUGGAUAAGAAGGAGCUGCCCGGCCGGACCCUCCUGCCCGUCCCCGGGUACAAGGACAAGGUGGAAUUUGGGGUGCUGGUGUCAUUCGCCUACAAGCUCGAGGACUCAGACGAGGAGGUUGUUGUGGCGACGACGCGGGUGGAGACCAUGCUGGGGGACACGGCCGUGGCGGUGCAUCCUCAGGAUCCCCGCUACCAGCAUCUCCAUGGGAAGCGCGUCCUGCACCCCUUCACUGGGCGGCGCAUGCCCAUCGUCUGCGACGACUUCGUGGACAUGGGCUUCGGGACUGGCGCAGUGAAGAUCACCCCGGCCCACGACCACAACGACUAUGAGGUGGGGCAGCGCCACGGCCUGGACUGCGUCACCAUUAUCGACGACAGCGGGUGCCUCAUCAACGUGCCUCCCCCCUUCCUGGGUAUGAAGCGGUUCGAGGCCCGG